GGCCACUAACUUCUUGUCGUGUAUCUACUUGUGACUCAUAUAACUCCGGAAGCAAGGCCAGUUCAGAGCAUAUAGAAAUAUAUACAGAGCAGUGGGAAGCUGAUGUCUGCAUGUAGGGGCUUGUCAUUUAGCAGAGGAGUGCUACGUCUAGGGAGGCUGCAAGCACAUUUAGCAAUGACUUCCAACAACUUUUGCAAAGCUACCUCACCGGAUAACAAUACUUCAGAUGAUGGUGCCGUGACUGCCGGUAUUAUCAUUAUAGGGGAUGAGAUUCUUAAGGGUCACACACAGGACACAAACUCCUUCUUCAUGUGCAAGAAACUCCGUUCUAUAGGGGUGACGGUUAGUAGAAUUUCUGUCAUUCCUGAUGAUGUGGAUAUCAUUGCUGGAGAAAUUGUUGCUUUCUCUUCUCGCUAUACCUAUGUCCUCACCUCAGGAGGUAUUGGCCCCACACAUGAUGAUGUGACUUUUGAGGCUGUGGCUAAGGCCUUUGGAGAAAAAGUGUUUCCUCACCCAGAACUUGUGUCAAUAGUGCAGAAAUUUUUUGGUAAGUCAGAUGAUUGGUGCCCCGAGAUGAAGUUGGCACGCAUUCCAGAGUCUUCAAAGUUGAACUAUGGCACAGACAAACGAACCGGAGAUUGCUUUAAAUAUCCAUUAAUUAAUGUGUACAAUGUCUAUGUCUUCCCUGGUAUUCCUUCGCUGAUGGAAAGGACUCUGGAAGGAUUGGACCAUCUGUUCCGCAAUGAUAAGACUCAUUUUUAUUGUCGGGAGAUCUAUGUCAAUGCAGAUGAGAUGGCCAUUGCCACAGUGCUAGAGGAUGCUAAUGCCCGCUUCCGUAAGCAUGUCAGCUUGGGUUCAUACCCAGACUGGGGCAACAACUACUAUCACGUACAGUUAACGCUGGACUCUGACUCAAUGUCCAGGCUGGAGGAGGCUUACAAUUUCCUGAUUCAACGACUUCCUCCUGGGGUUGUUGUCCCUUUUGUGAAAGACCCUGUAUCACAGGCCGCAGCUGAGGUGUAUCAGCUGGCACAAUCAGGAUCUGCCCUGGGAGAGAAGGUUGCUGCAGCGUUGCGAACCGUGGAGCAGGCUCUGGACCAGUACAGCCUAGACAAGAUAAGUGUGGCAUUUAAUGGCGGUAAAGAUUGUACUGCACUCUUGCACCUUUUCCAUGCUGCUUUGCAGAGGCGAUACCCAGAUUGCAAAGACAAGCUGCAGGCCCUUUAUAUCCGUAUUGUAUCUCCUUUUCAAGAAAUGGAACAGUUCAUGCAGGACACAACCAAACGUUACAGCCUCCAUAUUAAUACUAUUCAGGGGGACAUUAAGCAGGCUCUAAUGGAUCUGAAGGCUGAGCAGCCUCAACUUGAGGCCAUAUUAAUGGGAACACGCCGAAGUGAUCCAUACUCUCGCACCCUUACCCCAAUGUGCCUAACAGACCCAGACUGGCCAAAGUACAUGAGGGUCAACCCCCUACUGGACUGGUCAUAUCGAGAUAUCUGGGAAUUUCUCAGGACAUUGUUCAUUCCAUACUGCAUUCUGUAUGACAAAGGUUACACCUCCCUGGGCAGCAUGGACAACACAGUGAAAAACCCGGCACUGCGUUACACCACUCCUGCAGGAAUCGAGAGUUACCGCCCGGCCUACAUGCUGGAAAAUGAGGAGGAUGAGCGCACAUCCAGGAAUCUGCAGGUCUCCUCGGGCUGUGGUUUGGAGUAAAUGCAACGCCCGGGGGGAACAUAUGCAAGGCUAGUACACCCAACCUCUCAAUGACUGGUACCAGUGGGUUCAUGGAGGAAAUGGGGAGGGCUUGUUUGCUGUGUUUUUAGAGUCUUGCAGACCCAUUUUGCAGAGCAUAACAAUUGCUUUAUGCUUUGUGUUUUUAAACACACCUCCACCCAUACUACAAAUGCAGUGAAACAAUACAGAGAUUCCCAAUACUGGAGAUGCUCCAGAGAUACUCAACACUACUAUACACUGAAUCAUGCACGUUGGGCAUUUGAAAGCUAUAGUAUUGAGAGCGAACACUGGCUAUUGUGUCCCCUGUACGUGCCUCUCCUAAGUCAGCAUUUGUGCCUCAAGCUGUGUCAGCAGCUUUUAGCCUUCAAACUAUAGCCUGACUGUCACCUGAUGCAUUGCACAGUACAUUAUGAAUGUGCCUGCCCCAUCAACCAGAACCUCCCUCCAUAGUAUGAAAACAUUAAAGUUAACCCUUUGUCACCAAUGCUAUGUUACCCAAACAUACACUGAUUAGAAGUACAAACUAGCCCAGAUAUGUUUACUAAAAAGUUAAAAUGGUCUUAAAAGUGACCAUUUAACCCAUCUCAGCUGUUAAAGGUAUCACCAUUACUCUGCAUGUUCCUAGUGUAAUAGAGCGAUUCCUUUGUCAUGUGAGAAUAACUUUUUACCAGGUUCAGCACUACUUGUGGCUACCUAAACCUGUUUUUAUAAUGCUUCUCAUUAGGAUGCUGUUUGCCUGCACAGCUUCAGGGGGCUGCCCAGGAUUCUGUUGUUUACAUCACAAAAGCAGAGAUUAGAGUAGCUUCUAGCUCUUUUUUCAGUAUAAUGCCCUGGACGUUCUGUUACGUUCUCCCUCCCCCUAUGAAAGAAUUGGUGCAGCUGCCUGCCAGAUGAUAAAUUGCACCCCUCUCCUGCCUGUGUCUGUAGGAUGAUUCCAAUCAAGAGGUGCCGUUCCUAUCUGCCCUCACUUUGCCACACGGAGCUUCAGCGCUCCAUGAUUCCUGUUGCACCUUUCUCCCUAGGACAGGCCUUGAGAAACAUGACUUUGCCUUUUCCGAGGUAUAAAAAUGCCAUGGGGAUGAAUGCUGGAUUUUUGCAGGGAUUGAAGGAGUGUCUGUACUUCCUUCUCUGCUGUUGGUGUGUCAAGGAGCUGCUGGACUAGUAUGGAGUGAUCUGCUGUGGUGUCUGUCACAUAUUAUUUCUGGACUUGAUGACUUGCACACACUACCAGUUAAUGCUGCUGCUGAUUUCUUCUGGUGUGAGAGUUUGUAGAAAUAUGUUUGGAAUAUUUGCAGAACUUGGCAGCAGAGCUUUACUACCUCUUACAGCAAACUGAGGAUGUUAUAAGCAAAACUUUUAUCUGCAAGGGCAAGACGGUUAUAAAGUCACCAAACAGAAAGUCCAUGGAAUAAAAGAUAACUUGAGAUCUUGUGUUGACAACUAAGUAAUACAUGGAUUCAGCAUAAAAUGAGUGACAGAUCUUGAGUGAGAAUGCAAUGCUGGAGCAGACCGCUUUCAAGAAAUGUCUUCCCUGUGACUACCCCACAGAAGUGUGAAAUGCUUAGUACUUGUUGAGGAGAUGAUGCUACCUGAAGACCAUGCUGUGGGACAUUCAAUAUACACAUCUUUGUUCUGUGACCUGAACUUUGCCCAAUCUGUAGCCAUUUGAAGAACUUCCUAGAAUGAGAGAUGAUUCUUACGCCUCAUGACGUAAACUCUGCCAAACAGAGUGGAUGUCACAGGGCAUGCAGUGAUUGUAUGGUAUCCAUAAUAAAUUAGUUUAAGCAUC